UGUCCAUUGGCCUGUUGGGCCGGAGGCUCUUAGGCUUGGAGCAAUGCCAUUCUCCCUAGUAAGCUGUACACUGGGGGGUUUUUGAAGCAACUACCGAUUCCAGUCGAUCGACGGCUUUUCCAGUUCCUGGCUGCAGAUUCACUAUUAUUAUAAUCGUAAAAUUCAAUAAUCUCUCCACUCAAACAGUGUUCUACUCUUAGACGUAACAAAAGGAAGGUCUUAUUUGUUUAUUUAACUGUUAGCUCUCCAAUCUUGAUUUGCUGGAGCUAAGAGGGGACACGUUCUAAGUGUUUCUGCUAAAAUUUUGGAAUACGUACAUGUUGAGUUGGCGAAUAGUUUGAAUGGAUAGGUUAUUAGAGUUUGGUAGAAGAGCCAUGUUUUAUGUGAGAGUUCUCUCAGGAUAUGAAGAACGAAGAAUUCGAUCUUAUAGGUUGCAGAUUGAGAAGCGUCUCCAACAGGCACAAAAGAGGAAGGAAGCCUUAAGAAAAAUUCCCGAGCAAGCAAUAUUAGCAGAGGUUCGUCGUAUGAUUGAGGAGAUGCAGACUUUAAAUAAGAAGCUAGAAGAAACAGAGGCUGCCAUUGAAGAGUACUUCAAACCAAUUGACAAGGAAGCCGAGUACAUAAUGAAAAUACAGCUUGAAGGAGAGGAGAAGACAAUGAGGGAGAUGAUGGCAACUCUGCAGAGACAAGCUUUGGUUGAGAAAGCUGAAGCAGAAAAAAUUGCAAACAAAAAGGAACAUACUGAGGAACCAGGAUCCACCAUCAUGGAAAAACAUGCUGAGAUGAGAUAAUUCCAUGAAAUGCUCAGUUUCCAGUUGAAAUUGAAUUGAUUCUGAAACAGGGCAUGCUCCAUAAAGCUGCUCUUUUUGGCAUACUUUCUAAGAUCAGGUUUGUUUAUGCCUUCUGGGCAUGGUCCCUCUGGACAGUUUAGGCCUUUCUAAAAUAUCCUAAUAAAAGAAGGCAACAUUUUGUCAGAUUUUGUAUUAAUAUCUCAAAUAGACAACAGAGAGUUUACAUUGUUGUCCUAAUGAUUUUUAAUGGGGGAUUGAAAAUUGUGUCAUGAAAAAGGAGCAGUCUCAUCGUGUAACUGAUCUUGUUGCAUUCAAGAGUAAACUAUUUUUUAAUCCAUGGAUAUAAAGUGAAAGCUCAAAAAGUUGAAGCUAGUAUGGGCAUAUUUAAAGUAAGAUUGGAAGUCUGUUGAGUAUCUGUACUUAUACUGGAUAUAGAUGCUUGAACUCUUUCUUUUGAAUUCUUAUUUUUGAUAAAGGUGAGACUCUAUUUUUCUUGGUGA